AUGUAUAAUAGGAGAAUAUUAAUAAACAUAUCAAGAAAUGGUAAAUUGUUUUUCUCAACUAAAAAUGUUGAUUUUAAAAUUUUAAAACCUCCUAAUUUUGAUAAUUCUUCACCUUCUGAAGUUGAUAAUAAAUCUAAUAUCGAAUAUAUAAGUCCACUUUAUACACAAAAGAUUGGAAUGUUUACAAAGCCAGGCGUCACAUUUUGGAAUGAUAAAUCUGCUAAAUAUACGCUAUUUAAAUUUUAUAUAUUAUCAAUUGUCACCUUCAUCGCGGCAAUGGGAAUGAUUAAGGUUGUACCUGAUGGACACGUGGGAUUAGUAACUCGAAAAAGCGGAAAAAUUGAUCAGUUUAACAACAAGGGGAGACUAGCAAUAUUCCAUAUACCCUUUGUUGACAAGGCAGUGUCGUUCAGGGUAACUCCUAUUAGGAAGAAGAUAAUAAGAAAGUGUUUAACAUCAGAUUCGAAACAAGUGGAAGUGGUCAUUUACCUAACAGUCACGGCAAGAGAAGCAUUCGCAUCACAUAUAUACUCGAUCUUUGGAGUUAACUAUUCAAACGAUUUCGUUGAUAAGGAGCUUAACUAUGACAUUGACCAAGUAAUUAAGAACUACAAGAUGGAAGAAUUGGUAAUUACACCUGAAAGAUUAGAAAACAUUGAAAGUCUUCACAAGGAGGCUGGUGGUAUUUACUCAAUCGAUAGUUCAAUUGAAAGUGCAAACAACGACCUGAUAGAAAGGUUCCAGGACGCAGGAUCAUUCAACAAGAUUGAUGUAUCAGACGUGGUAAGCUAA